AUGAACAGCGGGGAGUAUGAACCUCUCGCCGUCCCCAUCGCGAGGUCUUAUCUCGUUACGACUGUACGAGUUCUCGUCACAAGUGGGUUCGUCACGCGCCUUUGGGUUUCAGAAGUUGCCCGGUGCACUCAGCGCACCUGCUUCGAAGCGACGGCCAGAGAGUUCGACGAACUGGAUACAACAUCAUGUCAACAUGGCAUGAAUGGUGACUGCAUCGAUGAAGACAAUUCUCCAACGGACUUAUACCACUAUGUGGAAUCAGCACUUUCAAUGGGACCGAUGUUCCCCCUUUUCGCCGCCGAAUUCCACCUCAAUGAGACGCAGCUCAGUUUGCUAACCGGCGCGUGUGUAUUGGCCCUUGGCUUUUCGAAUUUUCUGAUCGUCCCUUGCUCAAAUAUCUUCUGUCGCCGUCUGACAAGUCUCGUCUUUUGCCUGCUUGGCAUCGUUUCUUGUAUCUGGCAAGCCCUGGCUGGGUCAUAUAGCAGCAUGCUUGCUGCACGCGUUGUGAAUGGAAUUGCCACGGCCACCAGUGAGACAAUUCUAGUGCAGGUUGUUGCAGAUAUGCUCUUUCUCCAUGAAAGAGGUCUCUGGACAGGUGUUUAUUUCAUGGGCUAUUUUCUCGGUCUAUUUAUUGGGCCUGUUAUCUCCGAAAAUAUCGCGCAAAGAUAUGGCUGGCGUAGCUUCUUCUGGCUUUCCCUCGCGUUGACUUGCUUCAACUUUAUUACCCUUGUGAUCUGCUUCCCCAAAACACGGUUCCGCAGAAGCAAAACAGCAGUGGAAUUGCACCUGAGUGCGACUCAAAGCUCCGGUGAAGAAAUAAAGCACAGCAACCACGAGGUUGCCUCCGAGCAGCUCGAAAACAUCGAGCGGCCCACUGCUAUUGUUGGCGCCGGCUGA